AUGUUUUUGCACAUUAAAUUUCAAAGACUUUUUGAGGAUCUUAAGAAGUCUCCACCUGCUGAUCUGAUGAACCGUCUAGCAAAUAUCGACGCCCGUCGUCAUCAGGUUUCUGGACUAUCACAUGUCAGCACUAAUCCACUUGAAAUACUUGCUAGUGGUGAUAUCGUGGACACUGAUGUCGAUGAUGAUGACUACUAUGAUGAGAUGAAUGACAGCAACAGCUAUGACGAUGGCAACCAUUGCUAUGAUGAAGAUGGUAGGGAUGACAUUAGUUGCAGCGAAGAUGCCGAUAUGAAUAGUGGUAAUGGAGAGGACAGCGAUAUGAAUAGUGGUUAUGGAGAGGACAGCAUCAAUGAAGAGGAUGACAGUGAUGAUAACGAGGACGAUAUUGAUGAUAAUUGAUGCACUGGAUGGGAGUAAAAUCUGAACAUGGUACCAUCGUACUUUUGAGCUCUUUUGAUCCAAAGUAAUGGAUGCUAGGCUUAUUUUGCUAACCUAGGCUUAUUUUGCUAACCAGCGACCCUAGGUUGAAACAAAACCUUUUGGUGUUGUACUCGUUGACCUUGAGCUAUGUGUUGGCUGCUCGAACUUGUGUUAGAUGGCUAUGACUUUAGGGUGCUGGAGACAUUGUAAUAUGUUUGGAGUGCAAGUGUUGGACACUUUGUGAUUGGUUGGACUGAAAUUAAUCGAAUGUAUGCAUGUAUUGAAAU